UGGUAUGGGAGGCUCCCAUGAGUUGCCACCGGACAAAUGCUUACAUGGGCUGAAGCUUGAAUCGGAAGCCGACCGGAAAGCCCAGGGAAGGUGAAAGGAACGCGCCAAUGUGGCUCAAAGGCGCUGGAUCAGGGCCUUUUCCGUGUUGUCCGUCUACAUACGCACACACAUCCUCAUUCGGCAUGCCUUGCCAGAGUCAUGUUGCGACGCUGUUUACCCUAUUCCUAGAUGUCCAAGCUAUGCAGCUAGUCUCAGAUGGCUCCGCGGGGCGAGAUGCGGGUACGAUGCUGCGGGCGAUGGGGGCGGAGCUGUCGGCGAUGGAGGCGGUGGCGGCGGCGAUGGAUCGUUCGGUGGAGGCGUCGGCGUGGCCCGCAGGCUGGGACAGAGCGAUGGCGGCAGACUCGCAUAGGAGCAACGGUGGCCUCGAGUGGCUACAGGGAUUCAGCACAGAGGGUGACGCCGAGUGCAGCGUGCAGGACCAGUGUAUUGUCGGCUCUGGCUCGGGCACCUGCAAGGUGAUGGUGGAUCCGUCCAUGGUGGUUCCGUUGGGCAGCACAGACUCGGGGUAUGAUUGCGACUUCGGUAUCAACAACACCAUGUACCGGAGGGCGGCCCGGUACGCAGCGCCAGCAUCGGACAUCACCGUCGUGGGGCAUUCGCAGUGGGCGCAUUGGAACCUUUGUUGGGCAGCGGCUUCCUUGGGGUCGCGGUCAACAGGCGAGGAACAGGCGCUGCUCGGUCGCCGAGCUUCGGAGGAACCAGGCGUGGAGAGUUAUUGUUACUACGUCAACGGCAUCUGCUUCCUCUGGGCUACUCCGUGCUCUGGCGGGUGCUCCCAGCUCAAUGCUCUCUCCUCGUAUUCGGCCUUCUGCCCCACGUUGCGCUACGCCACGUCAGAGGAGUGGUCGGCUGCUCUGCCUAGUUUGAACGCCAACAGAAAUGCGUUCUACUCGAAAUGCGCAGCUAGCCGAAUUGAUCCACGGUGGAACCAUUGCGACUCGAGUAACACUUUCGUGCGUAUAGAAGAUAACUCAUACAACGAACUGGUUUUGGUGUGCGAUGUUUCUGCAGCUCCAAGCCCGACGCCGUCCCCGCUGGGAGCGACGCCGGUCCCGACGCCAGAGUCCCAUCCCAUGACAGCUGUAGCGGCCGCAGCGGCGAGCGGAUCUGCGGCUGCAGUUGGCGAUCCACAUUUGCAAAACAUCCAUGGGGAGCGGUUCGAUGUGAUGAAGCCUGGUAAACACGUUCUGCUCCAUGUUCCACGGAAGCAGCGUCUUGAGAGGGUGUUGCUUCGUGUAGACGCUGAGGUACGUCGAUUGGGUGGGCAAUGCGCAGACAUGUAUUUCCAAGAACUGAACAUUACAGGGGGUUGGGUGAAGGCGAAACACCCCAACGGUCUACAUUUCAAUGCUCAGGCUAAGAUCAAGGCGCGCCCGAAGUGGCAAACGUUCGGAAAAAUAGACGUGAAGGUUGCCCAUGGGCACACUGAUCAGGGUGCCCGAUAUUUGAACUUUUACGUCAGGCACCUCCGGCGUUCUGGGCUUCCUAUCGGAGGGCUGCUCGGAGAAGAUGAUCACUCGGAGGCUGAGACGCCGUCGGAGUCCUGCACCCACCGCCUUGCCCUUCUUCAAAUCGCGGUUCCGAAUAUGGCAUCUGUCUUCCCCGUAGCAGAGACAAGUUUGGCAUGAGGAGACAACCGUGUAUUAGCGUCUUGUCCUGUGUCUUGCUGUUCAAAAAAGUCCAGAGGCUUGAUGGCCCGACCGUGGGCCGAGGCACGGUCAGGAACCUCUCGGCCUUUUAAGUUUCGGGCCUCACAUGGGGCCCCGCCGCUGCGAACAGAUACUUUCGGAGGGUGCCCCCUCCUCUCGAGCCGCUCGCUGUCCUG